AUUAUCGCGAGAUUAUAACGAGACUUUUCGUGAUUUACUCGAUCAUUCUGAAAAAAGCAGAUGUGUUCCGAUAGACAAAAAUGGCACCUCCCUUGACACUUCGUGGCACCGAUGGAAUAUGGAUGGUCAAUGGACCGCCAGAUAUUGGAACAGCCGCACAGUUCCCAGGGGAGAAGUCAAAGUGUCGGUGUAUGGCCUACAGUAAUGAUGGAUCUCGUCUUGCCUGGUGUACUGAGGAUCAGCUCACCAUUAUCAACACAACCUCUUUUAAAAACGUUUUCCAACUUGACAUCAACAAGGUCGUGUGUAUGAAGUUUUCUCCCAAGGCGACAAUACUGGUGAUGUGGCAGAAUUACACCGUUAACCCGGAAACUAAACAAGGAAACCCGAACCUACACCUAUACGACAUCACCACAGGCGUCAUGCUCCGCAGCUUCAUACAGAAAAAACAGAAAAACUGGGAUCCAAAUUGGACAAAGGAUGAAGGCGUUUGUUGUCGAAAUGUUAACAAUGAACUCCAUUUUUUUGAAAACAACAAAUUUGAUGAGAUCAAAGUGAAGUUGUUGAUGCAGAAGAUAUCGGAGUACAGUCUGGCGGAGAGUGAUCCUCCAUACGUGGUGGCUGGUUAUGUACCUGGAGCCAAGGGGGCGCCAUCCUUUGUUAGAGCCUACCAGUACCCAAACUUCGGGGGCCAGCAGGCUGCUUUGGCCAGUAAAAGUUUUUUUAAGUCGGACACUGUGACGAUGCACUGGAAUGGUACUGGCACUGCUCUACUAGUCCUCUCCUCCACAGAAGUCUCCGAGCAGAGCUAUUACGGUGACCAGGGCCUUCAUUUUAUAUCGACACGCGGGGAAAGCUGUCUUGUACCUAGAUCUAAGAACGGCCCUGUUUACCAUGUAGAGUGGAGUCCUAAGUGUACUGACUUCUGUGUCGUCUAUGGGUUCAUGCCAGCAAAGGCCACAUUGUACAACCUCAAGUCAGAGCCCCUGUUUGACUUCGGAACGGGGCCUCGUAACGUAGCUUACUUCAAUCCUCAGGGAUCUAUCCUCUGCUUGGCUGGAUUUGGAAAUCUCAGUGGUAACCUAGAGUUUUGGGACACGAAACAACGCAGGCUGAUCUGUCAGACUAAAGCACCAGAUACCACAGUGUUUCAGUUCCACCCAGACGGGGAACACUUUCUCACAGCUACCACUUCACCGCGACUAAGGGUUGGUAACGGGUACCGUAUAUGGCACUUCACGGGUUCGCUGCUGCAGCAGGUCAAUGUUGGCAGUGAUAAGGAAUUAUUAGAGAUUAAGUGGCAGCCUGUCGCGGAGGGAACCUUCCCAGAGCGAGUCCUCAACUACAAAGCUGCGCAGGCCAUGGCAGCAGAGGUGAACCCAGUAGCCGGAGUAAAAGGUGGUGUUUAUCGUCCCCCUCAAGCCCGGGGCACAGAGCCGUCAUUCAAGCUACAUGACUAUGAGGCUCCGUCGGACCCUAACAAGAAACAGCCAACAGACACUACUGAAAAUAAAUCUGCAAGUAAAAAUAAGAAGAAGAGGGAAGCAAGAAAGGCAAAGAUGGCUCAAUCAAAUGAAGAAGGAAGUGAAGCCUCAUGUCCUACCCCAUCGAUGUCAUCAACCCCAGCAUCGGCCAUGGGAGCAGUUGUCUCACAGGCGCCCUCUACUGGUGACCCUGAUAAGGAUAAGAAGGCUCGCAACCUCAGAAAGAAGCUGCAAGCCAUACAGAAACUGAAAGAACAGAAGGCUGCAGGAAAACCGCUGGAACUGAACCAGAUUGAAAAGCUGAAAACAGAGGACACACUGGUAGCAGAGCUAUCAGCACUGGGUCUAGCUGAUGACUGGAGUUGAUCUUAGGAGGUUUUGUCCAUGGUCACUUAAAUAAAACACACAGUUACAACCUGGAUUGUUUCCCUUUGUUGAUCUGCAUUGUUUAAGCCAAGCCAGUGUUCAACCAUACCUGUGAUAUCAAUGUAUUCAAUAAAAUUUGAAACAUA